GUUUAGCUAAAUCCUACUCAGGUCCAUGUCAAAAAAAUAGAGCAAAACCUAGAAAUUGAGGUACGUAUCGUCAUAAUGUAUAAUCCAAAAUCGAAUUGAUUCAUCGCAAAUUCAAUUUGAAGGAAAAAUCCCCAAAUCAUAAAAUCCACUAAGAAAUCAAGAAAAACAUGUACAUGUCCGAGAAACCCCAACGGCAGCAAGAAUCCGCCGUAGAUUUCUACAAACCAGAAGCCGGGCCUCUCCAAAACACCGCCAUGAUCAUCCAGCUCCCGCCCCACCACCUCCCCGACGACGGAUCGCCGCCCCUCGCGGCCGAGGACGCCAUCCCGGCCCCCAGCGUGGCUCCUUCCAGCCACCCCGCCGCGCCGAAGAGAAGGGCCGAGACGUGGGUGCAGGAGGAGACGAGGUCUCUCAUUUCGUUCCGGAAAGAGAUAGAUAUGCUGUUCAACACCUCGAAAUCGAACAAGCACUUGUGGGAUAACAUUUCUUUGAAGAUGAGGGAGAAAGGGUUUGAUAGGUCUCCGACUAUGUGUACUGAUAAAUGGAGGAAUCUGUUGAAGGAAUUCAAGAAGGUGAAGCAGAAUAAUCGGGAUGGGAGUGGGAAUGGGUCGGCUAAGAUGAACUAUUAUAAGGAGAUUGAGGAGAUUUUGAGGGAGAGGGGCAGAGAUGGGCCGCCUAAUUGGAAGAGUUCUGAAGGCGGGAACGGUGCUGGGGCUCCCAAAGUUGAUUCCUUUAUGCAGUUUUCUGAUAAAGGUAUUGAUGACGCCAGUCUUACUUUUGGGCCGGUAGAAGCUAAUGGCAGGUCGACUCUCAACUUAGAGCGACGUUUGGAUCAAGAGGGGCACCCUCUUGCUAUAACUGCUGCUGAUGCUGUUGGAGCGAGUGGAGUUUCUCCGUGGAAUUGGAGGGAGACGCCCGGAAGUGGCGAACAGACUAAUACGUAUGAUGGAAGGGUGAUAAUAGUUAAACUUGGAGAGUAUACGAAGAGAAUAGGGAUUGAUGGCAGUGCAGAUGCCAUCAAGGAAGCCAUCAAAUCUGCUUUCAGGUUAAGGACUAAACGUGCAUUUUGGUUGGAAGACGAAGAUAAUGUGGUCAGGUCACUCGACAGAGACAUGCCUCUUGGAAACUACACUCUCCACGUUGAUGAAGGGCUGACAAUAAAAGUGUGCGUCUACGAGGAAUCUGGGCCGAUGCCGCACACUGAGGACAAAACCUUCUACACGGAGGAUGAUUUUCGCGACUUCCUCUCACGCCGUGGGUGGACUUAUCUGAGAGAGUACAAUGGAUAUAGGAACGUCGAUAGCAUGGACGAGCUGUUGCCCGGAGCUAUCUACCGUGGGGCCAAUUGACCGCGGUUUGUUUCUGGCAUUUGCAACAAUUAGGGUAAGCAUGAUUUGCAAGGGAAAUGUGGAAAUAAUUCUUAAGUACAAAAAUGGAAUUUAGCAUUGCUUUACCCUUGAAACUCUAGUGUAAAUGUGGGAUUUUGUUGAAUUGUUGUAUGAUGUAUAUCAGUUAUUAAUGUCUAUUCUAUAAUUGAUGCUUGUUACUUCA